AUGACAUCAUCAUCUUCAUCGUCUAAUCAUCGACAUCAUCGUCAGCUAGAUACAAGUCUUGAGCGUCAAGCUCGUCUAGCUGCUGCGAAUGCUGUUGCAACUUAUUUUUCUUCUCCUUCUCCUCCUUCUUCUUCUUCAUCUACACGUCGACAACGUUCGGCAUCAUUAAAUACUACUUUUGACCAGACUCAUUGGCAACCGGCAUCUUAUAACACAUCGCAAACGCCUUCUUUACAUCAUUUAAUCAUUGAUUCUCAUUCAGCCGGUCACGUUCAACAGCAGCAACAGCAACAGCAACAACAAAGUCAACAGCCCCAUUCAACAACAAUAGCAAAUAUGGCAUUAACAGCUGAACGUGACGCUUAUUUACAACUGGCAGCCCAUUCGAUGGAACGUUCGGAACAGCUCACGUCACAUUUUAAUAUUCGUUCACCUAAAGCUUAUGGUGGUUAUGUUCCAACACAACCUCACUCUGGUGCAUAUGAUCAAUCGAGAGCAACAUUCAUAAAUGGACACCAUGCGAUUGUUAAUAAUGGUCUCUCUCCAUCAUCGUCAUCAUCUCAUCAAACUCAACAACAUCUCAGUGAUACAAAUUUGUAUAUAAAAAAUUUAUCACCUGACUGUUCUGAUCAAGAUCUUGCUAAACUAGUAGAAGGCUGUGGAAAAGUUAAGUCAAUGAAAGCAAUCAUUGAUAAACAAACAAAUAAAUGUAAAGGAUUUGGUUUUAUCGAUUUUGAAACGAACGAAGAUGCGCAAAUGGCUAUAGCUCAACUACAAAAGCAAGGCUAUGCAGCUCAACUGGCUAAAUCUUCACAACAACAAGAACAAGACACAACAAAUUUAUAUUUUGCUAAUUUGGAUCCACAAAUGACUGAACAAGAUUUACGACAAGCACUUAGUCAAUAUGGUACUGUUGUUAGUGUACGUAUUUUGCGGGAUCAACAAAAACAGUCACGUGGUGUUGGCUUUGCGCGUAUGAAUGACAAAGAGCAAUGUCAGGCAAUUAUUAAUCGAUUCCAUAAUCAGAAUUUUCCAGAUUUUUCUGAUAAACACGUACAUGUUAAAUUUGCUGAUGCAAAUAACAAAAACAAAAAAAUGUAUAAAACAGGCUUUGAGGAUAUGAAAAGUGGUCAUCCAAUAUAUUCAAUGGAUCAAACUGUUUCAUAUUCAUCACCAGCUGUUGUGUUUCCUCCGUGGUCCCCAAUGCCAGCUGCGCCGAUGCUUUCUCAACAAGCUUCAAAUCAACAACAAGCACAACAGGCACCACAAACUAUUGUCUCCGGUCCACCACCGCAUCCACAUCAUGCAGCACAUCAUCAAAUGUAUGCACAAGCAGCACAACUUCGACCGCCAUUAGGUGUAUUCAAUCCAUCUAUUCCGUCCUAUAUGCACUUGUCACACGGGCCAGGUCCGGAGUCUGGUGCAGCAUUUGUAGUGCCAAUGCAGCAAUUACAACAAUUACAAAUUGCUAACGGCCACCCGGGAGCCUUUUGUCUGGUAAAUCCACCGCAUCCGCAUCCACAUCCACAUGCACAUCCGCAUCCUCAUGCUGCAGCCGCACUUUUUAUGCAAGCACCACAACCAACAGCUGCACCACCACCUCAACCACAACAACAAUCAGCACCCCCACCGACACAAAACGAUCCAUCACAAGAUCUAUCGUAG